AUGAUACAUCAGUCAGCUGACACCAGUGAACACAGCCAACUCAGCAACUCAGCAACUCAGUCGUUCAGCAACUCAGCAACUCAGUCAUCGACCAACUCACCAGCUCACCAACUCACCAACUCACUGACUCACCAACUCACCAACUCACUGACUCACCAACUCACCGACUCACCAACUCAGUCUUCCGCUAAUCACCAAUCACAUGACUGUGGCUUACUACUCAUUUCCCUACCACUUGACCACUUUUUUUUCGUUUUCACACGGUGCUAA